ACGCACUGAAUCUGCUUAUAAAAGGCCGGGGCAGCUCGUGCAAUCGCCAUCUCAAGCAGGGACACUGCACUCGAUCACUUGACACCCUCGAUCGACGCUUGUUCAACACAGCCUGCGCGCCUAACCAACCAUGGCGGCGUACCACCCUGCCGCGACGCUCUCCUUCCUCCUCGUGCUCCCACUCUUCCUCCUGGCCCGCUCCGACCCGGCGCCGUCCACGCCGGUGCCGCCGUCCACUGCGUGCAACGACACGACGGACCCCACAUUCUGCCGGUCCGUCCUCCCGGCCAACGGCACCGGCAACCUCUACACCUACGGCCGCUUCUCCGCCGCCAAGUCCCUCUCCAAUGCCAACAGGUUCCUCGGCCUCGUCAACCGGUACCUCGCCCGCGGCAGCCUCUCCGACGCCGCGGUCGCCGCGCUGCAGGACUGCCAGCUCCUCUCCGGGCUCAACAUCGACUUCCUCUCCGCCGCGGGCGCCACGCUGAACACGACCAAGUCGACGCUCCUCGACCCGCAGGCCGAGGACGUGCAGACGCUGCUGUCGGCGAUCCUGACCAACCAGCAGACGUGCGCCGACGGCCUGCAGGCCGCCGCGUCGGCGUGGUCCGUGCGCAGCGGCCUCGCCGUGCCCAUGGCCAACAGCACCAAGCUCUACAGCAUCUCGCUGUCGCUCUUCACCCGGGCGUGGGUGCCUCGCGGCAAGGGCAGGAAGCCGAGGCCGGCGUCGUCGUCCACGAAGCCGCCUCGGCAGCGCGGGAGGGGGCUGUUCGACGCCACCGACGACGAGAUGGUGCGCAGGAUGGCGCUCGAGGGGGCCGCGGCGGCGGUGUCGGUUGCUGGCGCGGUCACCGUGGACCAGAGCGGCGCGGGGAACUACACGACCGUCGGGGACGCCGUGGCGGCGGCGCCGAGCAACCUUGGCGCGAGCAGCGGGUACUUCGUGAUACACGUGGCCGCGGGCGUGUACGAGGAGAAUGUGGUGGUGCCCAAGAACAAGAAGUAUGUCAUGAUGGUCGGCGACGGCAUCGGCCAGACGGUGAUCACCGGCAACCGGAGCGUGGUCGACGGCUGGACCACCUUCAACUCCGCCACGUUCGCUGUGCUCGGGCAAGGGUUCGUGGCGGUGAAUAUGACGUUCCGCAACACGGCGGGGCCGGCGAAGCACCAGGCGGUGGCGCUCCGGAGCGGCGCGGACCUCUCCACGUUCUACCAGUGCAGCUUCGAGGGGUACCAGGACACGCUCUACACCCACUCCCUCCGCCAGUUCUACCGCGCGUGCGACGUCUACGGCACCGUCGACUACGUCUUCGGCAACGCCGCCGUCGUGUUCCAGGACUGCACGCUCUACAACCGGCUGCCGAUGGCCGGCCAGAGCAACACCGUGACGGCGCAGGGCCGCUCCGACCCGAACCAGAACACGGGCACCACCAUCCAGGGCUGCUCCAUCGUGGCCGCGCCGGAGCUCGCCGCCAACACGGCCUUCGCCACCGCCACCUACCUGGGGCGGCCGUGGAAGAUGUACUCGCGCACGGUGAUCAUGCAGUCGGACGUGGCCGGGCUCGUCGACCCGGCGGGGUGGAUGCCGUGGAGCGGCGACUUCGCGCUCAGCACGCUCUACUACGCCGAGUACGACAACUCCGGGGCUGGGUCGGACACGAGCAGGAGGGUGAACUGGCCGGGGUACCAUGUGCUCAACAGCACCGUGGACGCCGGUAACUUCACCGUCGCCAACAUGGUGCUCGGGGACUUCUGGCUGCCGCAAACCGGCGUGCCCUUCACCAUCGGGCUCAACUGAUCCAUGAUCUGACUCAGUGCACCAGACAUUACAACAUCAACAUGUGCAAGAAAAAUAUACUGAAAUAGCUAGAUAUAUACAGUGAAUAAAGUUCAAAAAUAUAUAGUACCACGGAAGCAAAUGCUUUAACUUAUGGGUCUUCCAAUUCUUACGUGUAGAAUUGACAGAUUCCAACUUAUAAACUUAUGGGUAGUAGAAUGACAUUUUAGUCACAUUUCCCUUGUUCGUCCGAUUACAUUCUUGCACCUGGUUUUGUCUUCUGU